CGUAAAUGGAGAGUAAAUUAGCCGACCUAGGCCGCUCGGAGAACUUGAGAGUAUGAGGGCCAUCGUCCAGCGCGUCCUCUCAGCCAGCGUUGAGGUCGAAGGGCGUCUCGUGUCUGAGAUUGGUCCGGGCCUUCUCGUGUUCAUUGGCAUCCAUGAAUCCGAUGUCGAAGCUGACGCUGAUUACAUUUGCAGGAAGGUAUUGAAUAUGAGGCUUUUUCCUAAUGAGAAAAGUGGAAAAGCAUGGGAUCAGAGUGUUAUGCAGCGCAGCUUUGGAGUUUUAUUGGUGAGCCAGUUUACCCUGUAUGGUAUACUUAAGGGCAACAAGCCGGACUUCCAUGUAGCAAUGCCACCUGACAAAGCAAAAGAAUUUUAUGCAUCUCUUGUUAAAAAGUUUCAAAAAUCUUACACAGAAGAUAUAGUUAAAGGUAAUUAAACCGAAGCAAUUUUGAAUAAAGCAGGAACUUUACAUAUGUCAUGUACAUGUUUUGCUUGCAAAUUUUUUAUGAUCACCAUGAAACACCUUUAGGAAAUCAUAUUUCUUGGCAGUGUCUUUGGAACCUAAAAAAAAAUUCUGUUUGUGUGUUGAGUUUUACCUCUCAUUAGUAAUGUUUGGAAGAUAUUGUUUUUUUUGUUUCAAGUGAUUAACCCAUAUUGCUUUAGCAGCAAUUCUGCAUGGUAUCUCUUUCAUAUAUCACAUAUGAAUUCCAUUGAAGAUCAUAUACCAAUUUAAGGUAUUGAAACAGAAUUCUAUGUGACUAUCAUGAUCUCGUCAAAGCAUUAUAAGCUUCUCUUCUUGAUAAGUUUUGAAAAUCACGUCCUGAACAUGUAAUAGAAACUUUGUAACCCUACUAUAGCUUUAUAGCAGAAAUGCAUUGAUUUUAUUAAUUGUUUUGAAACAUAUCGACAUACAACACUGCUACUAUCUCUGCCACAUACCUAAGCAUUCUCUUGCUCAAAAUCUUGCUCUUUCUGCACUCAACUUUAAAGAAUAUGCAGCAUUGUCAUGAUCUAUAGUUUUAUGCUUUUAUCCUAUCAAUAUUUAUAUGCCAUUUAGAAAAGAAAAAAUGUAGAAAAAAAAUAAUUUUGAAUUUUAUUGAUUGAUUAUGUACAAAGUUUGGAUGUAUUUGUAGGCUUUUGUAAGAAGCUUAAAAUAGAAAUAAAUCUAAGUUAUUUACAAUCUGACAGCCAUAAUAGAAAGAGAAGGCACAUAGAUUUCAAUCAAAGAGCCAUAAGAGGUUCUAUCUAGCAGUAGAACUCUUAAUCAAUGUACUCAAGGAUCCCUAUCAAGAUUUAUUGACAUAUGGAUCCGACGAUUUUUAAUAAAGAAAGGUCAUUUCUAAUAUUUUCUAAGUCUUUUUAGGUCUACCUCCACCUUUCUUAACAUAGGCCAAAUCU